AGAAAUGAAUCUAUUUAAAUUCUCAAGGCCAUGUCACAGUCAUAUUCCAUUAAUGGAGAAGUGUUAACGCCAGAGAAAAUGGAAGAGAGCUCGCCACUGUUACCGAGUUCCUCUUACUCCAAUAGCUCUUCGGAGCGUGAUCAUGGUGAUGAAGUAUGGGCUCUCAGUCGAAGUCUGAGUAGGAAUGAUGCCGUGGGCCCCAAAAUACAGGCACGGGCCACGAGACGAACUCUUGGACUCUUUGCCGGAGUAUUUUGCCCCGUGGCCUUGUCAAUGUUCAGUACUUUCCUGUUCCUUAGAUCAGGUUUUGUGGUUGGCCAGGCAGGGAUUCUAGAAGCAGUGUUACAGCUUGUUUUAGCCUAUUUUAUCUUGGUGAUGACAGUACUGUCAAUCAGUGCCAUAUCAACCAAUGGGGCUUUAGAAGGAGGUGGAGCCUACUAUAUGAUAAGCCGGGCUUUGGGUCCUGAAUUUGGAGGAAGCAUUGGUUUUCUAUUCUUUGUGGCCAAUGUUUUAGCAGUGGGUCUUUAUGUCACUGGUUUUGUAGAAGCCAUGAUUGAGAAUUUUGGACCUGGAGGGACCAUGGUAGACCAGCCAUUUUUAAAGGGAGACCAUGAUUUCUGGUACAAGUACCUAUAUUGUACGAUAGUCCUCUUUGUGUGUCUGGGAAUCUGUAUUGUUGGAGGUGCCAUGUUUGCCAAAACAUCAUUGUUAAUAUUUUUGAUUGUUGUGAUAUGCCUUCUGUCUGUGAUUGUGAGUGUGUUUGCCAAAAAUUCUACGACACCAAUAGAAUACGCACAACAGGCAAAACAUACUCACGAGAGGAAAAACGUAUCUCAGUUCUGUUAUGAGGUCAAUGCCAGUGGUUUUGUACAAGAUUCAGCAAACUACACUGGACUCAGGGCAGCUACAUUCCAUGAUAAUGCAUAUUCACAUUAUGAGAAGGAUUACACAUCUAAGGACAUGAUGACCUUUGCCUCUGUGUUCGCCAUUUUGUUUAGCAGUGUGACAGGAAUUCUAAAUGGUGCAAACAUGUCAGGAGAAUUAAAAGACCCGAGUAAAGCUAUACCCAAGGGUACACUGUAUGCUGUGAUGUUUACCUUUGCAACUUACUUCAUUGAAAUCAUUCUGGUUGGAGGUUCAUGUGAUAGGUGCCUUCUGCUGAACAACUAUAUUUUUCUACAAGAGAUCAACCUCUGGAAACCUUUCGUUUUGAUAGGAAUAUUUGCUGCCACUUUAUCUGCUGCUUUGGGUAACCUUAUUGGAGCCUCCAGGAUUCUACAGGCCCUGGCAAAUGAUCAUUUGUUCUGGUUUGUUCUGAAUCCUGCAUCCAUCACCACAAAGUCAGGGAAUCCUUAUGUUGCAGUUCUUAUAUCAUGGUUUCUUGUACAAUUGGUACUGCUGGUAGGUUCACUUAACGCAAUAGCCCCUGCCACCUCUGUGUUCUUUCUCAUGUCCUAUGCCUCAGUGAACUUAGCAUGUCUGGCCCUGGAGCUAGCUUCAGCACCUAACUUCAGACCCACCUUUAAGUACUUCACUUGGUACACCUGUGUGUUUGGUCUGAUAGGGUGUAUAUUGAUGUGUUUUCUGAUCAGUCCCAUCUACACCUCAGCCGCCAUUAUUGUGAUGCUUGUACUGGCCAUUAUCCUUCACUUCCGGUCACUACCGACACAGUGGGGCUCCAUUAGCCAGGCUCUUAUUUUCCACCAGGUAAGAAAAUACCUGCUGAUGCUGGAUUCAAGGAAGGCCCACGUUAAGUACUGGCGUCCUCAGAUCUUACUGAUGGUGGCUAAUCCACGCCAGUGUUCAGAACUCAUCCACUUCAUUAACGACAUCAAGAAAGGUGGAUUGUAUGUGAUUGGCCAUGUCAAGCUAGGGUCUCUAGACUCAUACCCCAAAGAUCCAGUUCUGGAGGAAAAUUCAAAAUGGAUGGGGCUGAUAGACUAUCUCAAAGUGAAGGCAUUCGUGGAGGUUACCAUGGCAAAUUCUGUUUCAGAGGGUCUCCAGCACUUGCUGAGGUUGUCUGGAAUGGGAGGCAUGAAACCUAAUACUGUUUGUUUUGGGUUUCUAGAUGAUGCUAAACCUAAGGAUAUGCUGAGCGUUGAAAGUGCUGGAAGGAAGCGACGCUUUUUUACACGUUUGGAAAGUGGUAAAAAAGAAAGCAUUGACAAUCUGUUCAUGAAUGUCAGAGGGGAGGGUGAUCCUCGAAAUUUAGCUUCUUUAGAGUAUGUUAAACUUAUUUCUGAUUCAUUAAAAAUGCAGAAGAAUGUGUGUUUAUGCAGACAUUUUGAUCAGUUAAGUAAGCAAUCCAUUGUACAUUCCAAGAAGCAACUUUUCAUUGAUGUUUGGCCAGUGAAUCUCUUCCGCCCUGACACUGCCAACUUCUUUGACAAUACCUGUCUUUUUAUGCUACAACUGGCCUGUAUUCUAACCAUGGUACCUGGUUGGAAGUCCAAAACAAGUCUAAGAGUUUUCUUGUGUUUAAAUGCACAGACAGACAACACUCUCCAAAAGCAGCAGAAACUAGACUGCUUUCUUCAGCAGCUCAGGAUUAAAGCUUCAGUGAAAAUCGUUACCUGGGAUCACCUGGUACAACAUCUACCUGUCAUGUCAGGUAACAGCAAUGGAAAACUUAACCUGAUGGAGAAAUUCCACCCAGUACCAGAAGAAUUCAUCAGUGCAAUUAACCAAAUGAUUAUUUCUUACUCCAGCACCACUGCAGUAAGUUUUCUGUACCUCCCCAUACCCCCCGCUGAAUCCAGGGAUAAUGAAACUUAUCUAAACAGCCUGAAAAUGUUGUCAGAAAAUCUCCCUCCCACUGUGUUUGUACAUGGGUUACAUCCUGUUACUUCUACCACUCUAUGAUGGCUCAUCAUUCAGGUAAUAUACAUCUAUAAAGGUAUGAAAUUGAUUUUGUCAAAUGAAUGUUGUCAUAUAGAUUCCAAUUGUCACUGGUAAAACUUUGAAACUUAUUGUACUGCUGUGAGUUAAUAAGUGCUAUUCAAUUUGAAACCACAUUCCAUUGUAUUUGUAUUGUUUUAAUGUAAAAUGUUGAAAUUUAGCAUAACAUUAUGACUGUGAUAUUUAUGUAAAAAAAAAUUUGAUUUGUAAGAUUUCAUUAUAGCAACGUAGUGCAAUGAUAGUAUGUAUGUGUAUUUCAUUAAGGUCUGAUGACAUGUUGCUCUAAUAUCUGUUUUGUAUUACAGCAAAUUAAUCAUAAGUAUUAUUGUCUUUUGAUUUUUAAACUGUUUUUAAAAUCUUUAAGUAGAUGAAAGAUACCAAAAAAUUGUGAUAUUGGCAAUGCUAGUGAUUUCCAUUAGGAUUAUAUAGUAAAUAGCAUCCUCUGGUAUCUUGCACAAAUGCCUGGUAAGGUACCUUAAUUUUUUGUGAGAAAUCUUGUUAAAGUAGCAAUACUUCAAUGACAAAUUCUUGGAAAACAUUAUAUAUUAUUGAGGAAUGUGUCAUCUGACCUUAAACAAGAGAGUAAUCAUUUCUUGGUAGUAUUGUAUUUACAGAUAACAGUGUUAUGUAAAGAAUUACCUCAUUUUUAGUGUCAAUUUUAAUGAUGAUUCUUGUAUAUUAAAAGUGCUUGUAGUUUUGCUCCCUAGUCUACAACAAUGUUAUUAUGUACAAGUAUGUUAGUGUAAGUAUUUACAUGUACAUGUACAGUAAAACCCGCUUAUAACAAAGUGCCAGGGAUAGACGAUUUUGCUUCAUUAUAACUGUAAUUCAUUAUAUCCAUUAAGUUUACAAUAUAUUUUAAAGUCAUGGAGAAUAAAAAUCACUUCGCUAUAAGCAUUAAUUCAUUUAUAAGCGUGUUCGUUAUAAGCAUAUUUUACUGUAUAUGUAUAAUCAAUCAUGUACUGGGAUACAUGUAUUGUACAAUGAUUCUUUUAAUAUUAUACAUGUAGAAAGUCACUGCAAGUGCAAAAUACAUUAAUUUUCAUUGAGAGAUUAUAAUUAAAUGUGUUUUAAGAUUUUACAUGAACAAAACUGGAUUAAAUGCUA